GUUGAUCUGUAGACGAAAAUUGGCAAAGUGUCAAGUUAUUGUCAAAACAUGUUUAUACAAUGGAUAAAAUACAAAGCACUGAGCCGAGUAAAAAGAGUGUGCGCGUACAGGAAGAUGCACACGCCGAAACAUUCAUUCUAGUACCACCUGAUGGCGGAUGGGGUUGGUGGGUUGUGUUCGGAGCGUUCGUCUCCUACUUUAUUGCUGACGGAUUGCAGUAUAGCUUUGGGGUGUUUCUCAAGGAUAUUUCGGAUAGCUUGGAAUGCACGACUAGCCAAGUGGCAUUAGCUGGCGCCAUUAGUACAUGUGUAUUCUGUGUUACAGGACCAUUUUCAGCUGCGUUGGUAAAUCGCUAUGGUUACCGAGCAAUAUCCAUCGUGGGCACCGUCCUGGCGGCUAUUUCAUGUGUGCUGACUUCGUUUAGCAAUAAUAUCUACUUUGUGAUCGGCUACCAUGGUGUAAUCGGUGGCGUUGGUUUCGGUAUGAUAUAUAUCACCGCACUCAUCGCAGUUGGUUUCUAUUUUGAACGAUGGAGAGGUCUUGCGACUGGUAUUUCAGUUUGCGGAUCCGGUAUGGGUGGAAUUGGUUUACCACCAAUCCUCACUUUAAUAAUGCGUAAAAUCGGAUGGCGCCAUACGUUUCAAUGCCUUAGCGUUGGGGCACUACUAAUUAUCCCUUGUGGUUGUUUGUUCCGCCCUCUGAAACCCACAAAAAUUAUACUAACCAACCCAAAAUCCAGCCGAAGUCAGGAAAGCACUCGCAGCAAAAAAGUGUCAUACGUGAGCUUCUAUGAAAAGUACCAGAACAAGAACUUCAACACGAUGAUUGACCAGCGCAGCGUGUACAACAACUCCAGCGAGCAACUUUUUACCACAACUUACACCACCAUGGAAAGCCCCAAUUUCAGCGGGCUGCGAAGCGUGCGUUCAGAGAGUUUAUUCUCAAGAAAAAUAAACCAGAGACGAUGCUGCUGGUGUUGCUGUCGUAAAGUGAUAGAGAGAAAAAUUUGGAGGUCAAGACCCAUCUACAGAGAUGAUAUAUUUUUCACGGGAUCAUUAGCUACAGUACCAGAAUAUCGCAGUACACAAAUUUUGCAUUCGAGACCAAAUUUGGAAUAUCAACUCUCUGUAACCCGCAUGCCCACAAAUCAAGCCCCUGAGCCUAACUGCUGGAGAAGAUGCUGCCCCAAUGCUGUGAAACGCACCCUGGCCACCAUGUUAGACUUCCGCCUGAUGGGCUCCUUCAAAUUCGCCAUGCUCAUCCUGAAUGCCAUCUUUGUUUCAUUUGGUGUGUAUAUUCCGUACAUGUUCAUCAAGGACCAAGCAAUGCAGCAUGACUGGACAGAAGAUUCCAGUUCCUGGCUCAUCUCGACCAUAGGCAUCACCAACACGAUCGGCCGCAUUCUCUGUGGGUUAUUAUCGGGAUCAAGUCGUGUCAGCUCCACGGCAAUGUGCUACACGUUUUUAUUCAUCGGUGGUGUGGCAACCGUGGUGUCCACGUUGUCCUACGUGCUGUGGGUGCAGUUUGUCUAUUGUUGUGUGUUUGGCAUGGCAAUGUCAUCAAUAUCUGCGCUCCGAACACUCAUAAUCGUCCAAAUGGUUGGAUUGGAAAAUCUGACGAACGCAAUUGGAAUUAUAUUGCUUUUCCAGGGAAUUGCCUCAUUGAGUGGACUUGCCAUCGCGGGCUGUUUAUGGGACAUCACACAUGAUUACAAAUACUCAUUUUACUUCGGUGGCUGCAGUCUAAGCGUGGCCUCGAUCUUCCUGCUCGUCUUACAUGUUAAGGAGCGACAAGAAGGCAAAUACGCCAACAAUAGUUAAUGAUAAUAAACGCACAAUCUGUUAUCAGCAA